GUGUGGUGAACCAAAUCCGCUUCUUCAUCCAUCGAAGAAUUUUCAGAAAUUCAAAACUGCGCAAAGUCCAAGAAAAGUUGCAAUAGAACCCUAGAGUAUUCCCUAUCUGCAUACCCAACUGCCAACAGCUGCCACAAAUACUUAGCGCAUUUUUUCGACUGGGUUUUUGCACUCUAGAUGAACUUUGCCGUGCGAUGAGUAUAAAAAACUCAUAAAAUACAGCGAAAUUGCAAAAAGACAAUAAAUAAAUAAGAAAAGCAGACGGAUCGGCCGAUCAUCCAUAUACUAUAGGCUUUCAAUCACUCUAGAAUCGGACACAUUCCGCACUGCCUCUUAUAUAUGGCGAGCUGCUGCGCAUUUGUGUUUGUCCUGAACCAGAUUGACAUCAUCGGGGCCAGGGAGCAAAGCAGAGCUGCUCUACAGAGUUGACCAACUUGAGUCAGAGGACUCCAUCGCUAUCCAUCCAGAGCACUUUCGAAAGUUCUGUAAAAAUGGCCAACUACAGUCAGCUGAGAAUCAUCACUGGAUUUUGUGUGAUUUUGGCCGUUAUGCUGGACCAACCAUUCACUGCAGAGGCGGUUGUUCGAGAUGCAUGCCAGACGGCACCGAAUAAGAACGUGUGGCUGUGUAGCCCAACUACCCUGGGCAUAUUUUUCGAUCCGGAGACACAACGUUGUCGCUACAUGGGAUGCAGUAAUCGAAAGCUGUUCUUAACCCUCGAAGACUGCGAAAAGAUUUGCAACAAUCCGCGGCACAUCAAGCGGCGCAACCAAUCAAAGGCCAAUGAAACAUCACAUUGAAUGCACCAAAGGAAAAGAAAAUACCCUUCGUUGUUAAUUGUCACGUGUCUUAUUUAGUGGAAUGUAAUUAUUAUAUUUUUAUUUUGUACGGUGAAAUUUGUUCAACCUGAGUUACAAACCAACCUUAAUUACAAACAAUCCCAGUUGGAGCUUGAACUUUUCUAAUCCUAAGAUUGAAUGAAUAUCUAGGAUGUUGCCUCAAUAACACAACAUAGAAUAUAUGAAAACAUAACCACCA